AUGCCUCUGUUCUCAACUUUAGCAUCCCUCCAGUCGAUGCCCCCAUCAGCCGUUGGAAAUGGCAGCUCAGCUAUUAUUCUAGCUGGGGGCUUUAUCUUAGCUUGUAUGCUGAGCGCCGAACAGCCCCUAUGCGCAUUCGCUGUCUAUAUGAUCUAUAAUCUCUACUUCCACCCGCUUGCCUCAUAUCCCGGCCCGAGGCUCAAUGCAGCAACACCAUUUCCGCUAUAUCGCGCCAUCUUGGGUGGAGAAUUACCAAUGUAUACGGAAAAAUUGCAUGAGAAAUAUGGCGAGGUUGUUCGCAUCGCUCCAGGCGAAGUGACCUUUAUCAAUCCGGAUGCAUGGAAAGACAUCUACGCCAUUCGCCCAGGUAAAGCCCAAAAGCCCAAAGACCAGCGCCAUGUGUCGGUAGGACCAAACCAUAUCCCUAGUAUUUUGAGAACAGAUGAUCAGACACAUGCGAGAUACCGUCGAUCCCUCUCGCACGGCUUCUCCGAGUCUAGUCUUCAGAAGCAGGAAGUUAUAGUUAAGGGCUACAUCGACAUGUUGAUCCAGCGCUUGCACGAACUCUCCAAGCCUGGAAGUACGGUAGUUGAUAUGACAAACUGGUACAACUACACGACAUUCGAUAUCAUUGGCGAUCUUGCCUUUGGUGAAUCCUUCGGCUGUCUCGAGAACUCCAAGUAUCACUUCUGGGUAUCCGUCAUCUUUAGCCACUUCCGAACUGCAGCAUGGGCUAAUAUCAUGCGCCGUGUGCCCUUCGGCCAAUACCUGAUGAAAUGGAUCGUUCCGAAGAAAGUGCAAGUGGAAAAGAAGGCACAGAAUAAAAUGACUCACGAAAAGGUUCGAGCCCGUAUUAAUUCUGGUGACAACGGCCGACCCGAUUUCUUGAGCAAUGUUCUCAAGCAGCCUGUCGAGAAGGGCAUGACUGAGGGCGAGCUGGUUUCUAAUUCCUACGUGCUGAUCAUUGCCGGCUCGGAGACCACCGCUACAUUACUGUCUGGUGUGACAUACUAUAUCCUUACGGUACCUGGUGUUAUGGAUAAGCUGAAAGCAGAGAUUCAAGGAGCAUUUGUGACGGAAGAGGAGAUUACUUGGUCGGCGGUUAACCAACUUCCGUACACACUAGCUGUGUUGAAUGAGGGUUUGCGGAUGUAUCCACCUGUUCCCUUUGGUUUCCCCCGCAUGGUUGAGGGCAAAGGCGAUUUUGUUUGCGGUCGAUGGGUCCCUGGAGGAACAUCCAUUGGAGUACCUAUUCUAGCCGCUAGUCGGUCCGACGCCAACUUCCAUAAGUCUAGGGAAUUCAUCCCCGAAAGAUUUAUGGGAGAACCCGAGUUCGAGUCCGAUAAGAGGAAUGCAGUGCAACCAUUCAGUGUGGGACCUCGCAACUGCUUAGGUCGAAACCUGGCAUAUGCGGAAAUGCGACUGAUUCUGGCUCGUAUGAUCUGGAAUUUCGAUAUGGAAAUCUCCCCGGAUUCCAUGAACUGGAUAAACCAAAAGGCAUAUGUCGUGUGGGAAAAGCCCGCCCUAAAUGUAAAAUUGGCACCAGUGGUACACGCUUAA